ACACCCAGCGUGUUGCAGAAACCCGAAUCAUUUCUUAAAGUAAAAAGUCACGAUGAAGAUGAAAAUAUGAAAAUACAACAAACCCAAUCCAGCAAUCUGUACCGUAAGUGCUUGUAUGCAUUUCUCUUUCAUUCACGUCGAGUUUUGGGGCUCAGUCAAAUUAAGCCUCUGGCGGAUGAAGAAGGGAAAAAUCAGAGCGAGGAAGCGCGGUUUGGAAAAGAUAGAAUGCACGUACGGGCACCCUGAGGAAGACAGCUGUGAUCCUGGAAGAUGGAAACCACUGGAGCCAACCUGACAAAUUCAAACCAGACCUCCUUGUAUAAGUGCCAGUUCAACGAAAGCUUCAAAUACAUUCUGCUGCCGUUGUCUUACGGGAUCGUCUUGUUCUUAGGACUGGUGCUCAACCUUACGGCUCUGUACGUGUUAUUGUUCAAGACCAAACGGUGGAAGUCCAACACUAUUUACAUGUUCAACCUGGCAAUAUCGGACACCUUGUACAUCAUCACUCUGCCCUUUCUGAUUUACUACUACGCUGAUGAGAACGACUGGCCCUUCGGCAAUGCCAUGUGUAAAAUAAUACGCUUCCUGUUUUAUAACAACCUCUACUGCAGCAUCCUGUUCCUGUCUUGUAUCAGUAUUCACCGGUUUCUGGGCAUCUGUUAUCCCAUGAGGUCGCUGCAGUGGGUGAGUGUUCGCAGGGCCCGGGUGGUCUCCGUUGCCGUUUGGGUUACCGUGGUGUCCUUUCAGUCUCCCAUUUUCUAUUUCUCACAGACUCUCUCCGUCCAGGGGGAGAAGAUCUGUUAUGACACCACCAGCAAAGAACUGUUUUCUUAUUUCCUGAUUUACAGCUCUGUCAUCUCCAUGCUGCUCUUCUGCCUUCCGUUCAUCACCGUUAUGCUCUGCUAUUUCCUGAUGGCAAAGAAGCUUCAAGAGUCCAGCGCAGGUCACUUCACCUCAACAUCCAAGAAGAAAUCUGUCAGGAUGAUAAUCAUCGUCCUCUGCGUUUUCGUGCUCUGCUUCUUGCCCUUCCACAUCACUCGCAUGAUUUAUUAUUUCUUCAGACAAUUUGACUACCCGUGCAGGAUGCUCGAGGCCUCAAGCAUCGCGUACAAGGUGACUAGGCCUCUGGCCAGCGCCAACAGUUUCCUGGAUCCAAUUUUAUACUUCCUGGCCGGACAGAGCUUUCGUAACCAGCUCACCAGGAAGGAAAAUAAAAAAUCCAGGUCAAACAUGCACUCUGACAUUACCUUAACAACCAAAAUGUGAUGUAUGGUGUAAAUGGAGGGAAACAAACAAACAUCUGCAGCAACAAUAUUUUUUAUUUUGACCUGUUGCCUGGGUGUUGUAGACUGGUAGGUCUUGUCACAGAGCUUGCAUGCUCGCAACAGUACUGUGUCCCAAAGAUGCAGAAUUGCCUAUGAUGAUCAGCAGGGUAGGACUUUUUCUCUAACUUUACUACCAAAAAUGGUUACACAGUGAAUGCUACCAGUUUUUGUUGUUGUUUGGAACCAGGAUGAUGGUAUAUUUACAUUAGAUCAGUUACAUUUUUUUUGGUGGUUGUACUGGGGCUUUUUAGAUAACAAAUAACUACGGUGAGCUGCUUACAGCUGUGAAAUAUAUAUGUGUAAUAGUUUAUUCUACCUGUAUAGUGAAAGCAAAGCUUCCAAAGAGAGAUUUCUUCAACCUACUCUAGUUCCAGGUAUCAUGUUGCAUGACUAAAUGGGAGGAUCAGGUAUUUCUGAUUAAUGCUAUGAUUUUGUAUUACUGCAGUCAUUUGGGUGAAGUGGUAGUUGAAUUGUACUGUACUGAGCUGAACUCACCCAAACUUUGAAUACAUUGUUUUUCUAACUGUACUAGUAUUCCCAAAAAUUAUAUAUAUAUAUAUAUAUAUAUAUAUAUAUAUAUAUAUAUAGUCAGGGACAAAAAGUAGAAUAAGUAAGAGAAAGCAUGGUACAAACUUAGCACAGAAGCAAAAGCGAAUUAUAUUUUGUCCACUUUGUUAUUUGCAUUUGUGAUUCCAGCUAUAUAAUGCAAAUAUUUGACCACUGAUUCCCAAGUUAUCAUUUAACCCCUUCAGCUCUAUAUUGAGGGUUUCGCUGGAAGGUUUAUUCCUCCCCAUUAUUCAGUAUCAGCAGAGCAUUCAAAAAAGAUAUCGGCAAACCAAGAUAUUGGAGAACAGAAAGAGACGUUAGGGUCCCGUUACAAACAAGACCAUGGGAUUGAUGAAAAGGACACACACUUCUUGCAUUAUAUUACAUAUUAGUUAAGAAAAUAAAAAAAUAUCACACAGAAGAAGACAAAAACAGUACAACAAUAUGAGGAUCAGUGAUUAUUUUGCUAUGUUAAUAUCUUAAGGCCUUGGUUAUAUCACCCAUUUAUAUAUUUAUGAGUAUACACUGACUCCCUCUAGUGGCUAAAACAUUUAGUGCAUAUAGAUUUGUCAAUUUAAAGGUGACGGGCUCACCAAGAAAGGCUAAUAUUUGUUAUUUCUAUGUUCUCUUUCUGCAUUUGCUUGUUAAAUGUUUAACUGUAUUCCCAUAACAAAUUGACCCCUUGGGAUAUUUGAAUGCCUCUUAACCAUUAACUACAAAAAUAUUUGGAUAUUUUUUAUUUGAUUAACAUAGAUCGGUGUGGUUCUUAAAUAAACAUAGUUGCUGAAUCAAAACUUCAUUAGACAAUUAUACAUCCUUUUCAAAGUUAAGUCCUUGUGUUAUAAUUUGCAAUUAACUCUUAAAUGACAUCACACAAACAGAUCAGAUUAAAUAAUAAGGUACCGCUUGGUUUAGUUACAACAGCCUAGACUCAUAACCUCUCUCUUCUGAGCCUUCCUUUAUGUUAUUAUGCCACUGCUAGAAAUGUAAGACUUUCCGGGAGGCAAAGGAAUACUCCCUUACUGUCAAGUGAUCAAUCCUGAACAGGCUGAUGGAAUGUAAUGCCGUUUUCAAAGCGGGUAGAAGAAGGCUUGGUUCUCUAGGGUCGACAGCAAACACAUUUUCUAUUUGACUACAUUUAAAAUCCUUUCUGUUAUUAAUAAAUUGGUAGUAUUAGUAAUUACAAUGCAAUACAAUAUUUAAACUGUAAAAAAUCUCAGUGGAAGAAUAUAGUAAAACUACAAUUCAUUGAAACAUUUUGACUAGAAGUCUUACUCGAAUACACUGAGAAAGAUUUCUAGUCUAACGUUUGUCAAAUAAUUGUGUAUGUUUCUUUUUGUAUUUCAUAUUUAAACAUCAUGCAUAACUAAAUACCCAAUCGUAAAUUCUGACAAACAUUUCUGCAAAAUGUAUUUUUCAAUAACCAAAGUAUUUGGGUACUUAACUCACAAAAGUCCACAUUCAAACGCCAUCAUGGCCAGCUGCAUUUACUAUUUCGCUAAUACAUAAAUAAUGCUUCAUAUUCACUUUAAUACUUGCACAGGAUUUUAAUUGAAGUAUAUGUACUAUUUAUAUGAAUAUAAGACAUUGUUAAAGACUAUAGUGCAAAACUAUUAUCUGUGAAGGUGUUUUAAAGAACCAAAGUUUGUUUAUACUAUAUCUAUAUAUCUGCCUAUCUAUCUAUAUCUAUAUCUAUACUUCAUUUUUCACAUUUAAGCAUCUUUAGAAACUAGAAGAUUUUAUUUUAUGUAAGAAAUUAUUUCAGGGAGUUGUCCUUUAAAACUGUGUGACCGGUACUGAAAAUGAAAACAUGUUACUCAAACAAAAAGCCAGCAUAACAGAUCUUGGCAAACAACACAUCGUGACUUGGGAUUUUGAAUAUUAACUCCUAAUGUUCUGCAACACAUUUGGGAAUUUAUCAAGCACUGAUGUAUAGGUCCAUGGAUUCUCCUACUACUACUACGAAGAAGAAGAAGAAGAAGAAGAAGAAGAAGAAGAAAUAGCAUGGGUAUACUCAAGUACUUUCAUUUGAUUACAGUAUCUGUUUAAAGGGGAAUCUGUGCAUUCUGUACAUUGACUACAUUUUUGUAAAAAUGGUUGCUUUAAUGAAAUAAACAGAUGUUUAUAUGUCAGUAUUUUUUUUUAAAGAAAUAAUAAUGGCAGAUGUUAAGAGUCUACAGGCAUGCCUGUAAAUAAUCCCAUGUACUGGCAAGCUAUUGGUUUAUGAACAUGGCCUUAGAGGGCAUAGCCAGAACAUCAUUCUCAGAUACAAGCCUUCUUCCCUUAAAGAGUAGCCUAAGUACAGGGGUUCUGAAGAGCAUAGUGUUAUACGCCCCCACGUGUUGCUACAACUGUUUAAAUAUCCUACCUGUCAUUUUUCUUUUCAUUGUUAACAUCAUGACAACUUUUUACACUCUUUUUAAAAGCUGUAGUGCACUUGGUUUGAGAUUUGUCAUCUAAAGCAUAACAACAAGUGCUCUGGCUUUGCUUUUCUAUACCACAUCAUGGAUUGUUUUUGCUGUGUUAGCUGUUUGACAAUGUGAGCAAUAAUCCUUACUAUCAGUGCACUAGAGCAGACAUUUUAAAAAGAGCUUUGAAACAGACUUUAAAGUUAUAAGUGUAAAAAGCUGUCAUUUUAAUAUCUGUUUUUUUAGAUUUAAUGGGACCUAUACACAAAACUUGAAUGACAGUUUUAAAGAAAGUUAUCCUUACGACUGUUUUUAUAAAACAUUUAGUUUGCAGCUCAUGAAACAUUUUCAUCUAGAAGUUUAUUCUCGGUUUAAAAUACUUGUUUACCUAAUAUAAUAUUUAUCUAAAUUUAGGCCUUUGUUUGCAGGCCUGACACAACAAUGAGUUUUCCAGAAACCACUCUCAACAGGAUGCGAGGUAGUCACCAAACCCUUAUAAAUGUAUAUUGCAUAAUAGCUUUACUUGAGUUAACAAUGAACAUUAUGAGCAAGUUAAAGCCAGAUGCUUGAAAGAGUGCUGACCUGACAGUCCAGGAGUGGUGAUGAUUUAAUGGCAUUUACAUUACAUUUCCCAGCUAUAACACAGACAAAAUACACUUCAUGCUGUGGCUGAUGGGGUUGCUGCAAACCUUAUUUAUAGAAGUGCAUUUCCCAGCUGGAAAGUCCUGCAGUCUCUUCCUGUUACGGUACAUCUGAAACCGAUAGCAGAUUUGACACACACACCACACCAGAGCCAUGCAGGACUGCCAAGGUGCUGAGUUGCUACGCGCUAUUAAGAAUAUAUUUCCCCUAGCAGCUGUUAUAAUGACGAGACCACACACAAUUUCAUAAGCUCCACAGCAAAAAAAUGUAGCUGAUUUUUUUUUUUGAUAAUGGCAGUACUUUUUAAAUCUCAAAUAUGUAUUUUUAACUUAAGAAUUCUUCAGUAUCAGAAAACAUAAUUUCCCCCCAGGUGUUUAAAUUCUUUAUAAAUGACCCAUGUAUUUAUUAUUGAAUUAAAAAAAAUGUUUCUAAA